AUGGACAUUCGUGACCUUGAAGACCUCCUGUGUUCGGGACCGAAAGGAUCGCGUUCCAACGCGGUGGCAGCGCCGAAUCCGAAACGAAAGACCCGGCCGCGCGGCGGGGCCGGUGGCGACAACGGGGGCAUCAAAACCAAGAAGAGACCGUGGAAAAGAGCGGGCGCGGCGUCCGGGCCGUUCUCUGGGUUGUCUCUGUGCGUGGUUCGCCUGGGCUCGGUGACGAACAACACCGUAGGGACACUCCCGCGGGAGUUUCGCGACGGCGGAGGGCAGGUAUCGACUCACUACACGCCCGGAGACACGACCCAUAUCGUGGCCGAUGCCUCGCUUGCCGCUUCCUGGGAGAAGUUCGACCUCUACUUCAGCGGGUGGGACGACUUCGAGGACGUUGUUGAUGGCGCGGCGACGGCAGGCAGGGGCAGGAUGCCUGACGGGGUGCCUGUCGUGAGCAGCGAGUGGAUGAGCGAGUGCUUGAGGCGCUCCGAAGUGGUGGCCGCUGACGCGUACCGGUUGACCCCGCCCCCGCACCGCUGUGUGGCACCUGCAGCAGUCGCACCGACGCAGCAGCAGAGGCAAGAAGAGGGUGUUGACAUCGGGGGGCGAGGAGACCACCGGUGGUCUCGUGGCGACGAGAAACCAGCGGGCGGACGCGGCGGGGGGAAGCGCGUCGGGCUGAAGCGCCGCGGCGGGAUUGAUGAGUUUGGAGGGGGAGGUUGGCCCCAGGAAGCUCGACGUGGACAAGAGACGAGUGUCUCAAGGGCAACCGAGCAUUUUUUGGCGGCCCCAGUCACCGAACAAGGAAGCCGCCGAUAUGUUGGACGGCCUGGCCGAGCUUUGCGCGACGCGCGGGGAGACGGGAGCGUCUUUAACGAGAGGGGUUUCAAGAGCGCCGCAGCGACGCUCAGGAUGCUUGGGACGCAGAUCACCGACAUAGAGCAGCUCAAGGAGACAAGCGAGAGGGGCUCACGGCCUUUUUUGCCGAGGGCGAGAGCAAGGCGCUCUCCCGUCUCGGAGGUGGACCCCCCCACGGUCGAGGCCUGCCUCAAGCUCUUCCAGGAGGUCGGCUGGGUGGGCGCCGUCAAGACCCAGCAGCUGUACGACAAGGGCAUGCGCUCGAUCGAGAACCUCAGGACCAGGGGCAGGCACCUCCUCACCGAGCAGGUGCGCUUUUGCCUCAACAGGCACGAGGACAUCAAGCCGCGCAUGCCGCGGUCCGAGGCCGCUGAGAUCGAAGCGGCGGUAACGAAGGUUGCCCAGAGCAUCUGCCCGGGAGUCAUCUGCCAGGCAAGUUUUCUUACCUCACCUCGCAGACGGACGGAGGCCUGCGGGAGCUACAGGAGGGUCAAGAGAAACUGCGGUGACGUGGACGUGCUCAUUCGACCUCCCGAGGGACAAGAGGACUCUUCAAUGUUCCUCGAGCUGGUCAAGGAGCUGACGGAGACCAGGCUCAUCACGGACAGGCUUGCCGUGCCAGAGGGACCCUACACGCCCGGAAAGCCGCAGACCUUCAUGGGCGUCUGCAAGCUGCCCGGCGAGGGCCGGCUCCACCGCCGGCUGGACAUCAAGCUCUACCCCGCUUCAAUGUUCGCGUUCGCGGUGCUGUACUUUGCGGGGUCGGGCGACUUCAACAUGAACAUGCGCUGCUUCGGCAAGAGCAAGGGGCUCAAGCUGAACGACAAGGGGCUGUUCAAGGUCGACCCGUUCAGCGGCGAGGAAGUACCCAACUCGGGCUACAGCUGCUUUCGAGAGGAAGACGUGUUCACCGCCCUUGGGAUGGAUUGGAUAGAGCCGAAGGACAGGAAGGGAGUGGGACUGGCAUCCCACAACCAGCAGGAGGCGCUUCUACAGCAUCAGGCGAUUCCAAUGGCGGAGGCAAGCUUGUGGUCUUUGAGGGCAUACACGGCGGGCUCCUACUACGAAAACGCGGAGCAGCAGAUGCAGCAGCAGCAACAGAUGAUUAUGAUACAGCAGCAGGCGGAAAUGUUUUUUCGCAAGGAGGACCAGGUGCAGCAAGCGAUCCGCCUUAGCAGGGGCGUUUUCGAUGCGGGCGGGGCCUCGAUAGCCGCGGCGGGGGCGGGGGGGCUGGGCAGGCGCAGCCAACGACGAUGCGUUGCUGACACGAGAUUUGCUGUGGGCGGGGGCGAGAGAGAGGUUGUGGCGGGUGGGAGCGGCAGCAAUGCCACUGCUGUUUCUAGCGCGGAGGGCACCAACGGUGUCGGUACUGGGAACGAGCACUCGCCUGUGUACCUCUGAUGCGACCCAGGGGGGCAGGGGGAACGGCAGCGGCGAUGGGCCAGGUGGACGAUUGAAGAUUACCUCCGUCCGUGCCACCGAUGCAAACGUAGAAGAUUUGUGUAUAAAAGUAAGGGUGCAAUAGCCAGAAAAAAAAUCCCCAAGGCCAACAUGUGCGUCUCUGAGUAGCCACAAGUCGGGGAACGUUUUCGCAGGAAACGGGGAACGGCAACAAGUGUAGUAGCAUGGAGACCCCCGAUGCAAUUGCUGUGCGGGCCCUCUGAUGAUACCGUGAAUGAACACCGCGUGUUUCUCAAGGGUCACUUGGUCUGAUCUCAAGCUUACGUUUGCUUAAAACCUUCAGUACGGUGAGGGAUUGCCAGCUUGGGUGGCUUCGACGUUGCUCCUGUGGAACCUUGUACGUCAACGUAAUGAUGGGGCGCGAGGGGCGGGGGGGGGAUGCUGCAGCAGCCUUGGCUGAUGUGUUUUGUCGUGUGAGUAAACUCUGUGUGUGCCGUAGGGUAUGUUUUCGAGGUGGGGUGUCUGCUGCCGAGUUGUCUUGUGUGGUGUUCGUGCUAGUAGUGUUGUUGUCCCUGUUUUGUGGUGUAAAUGGACAGUCUAGUCUAGUGCGACAGUGACCGUGGCUUCGCGCAUGUUACCUGUGGUUUUCUUUCGAAGAGGCGUUUAUGGCCGAAGGGCUUCUUCUCGGUGUUAUUUCGCGAGAGCCAGGGCAAAAAAGGAUGUACAUAUCUAGAGUUUGAACGAAUGCCCGAUGCAAGGAAGGUACCGUAGGGAUGUGGAACGUGCUGCGCCAAUCGGGAUUGGGCGAAGGUUCGCCGGUUACAUGCAAGAGGUCAGAAUGUGCGGCGAAACGUCACCGCACGUUACAUGUGUGUCAGGUACCAUCUGCAUGCGGGGUUUGUAAAUUGGGAAGCGCCCAUCCAAGAGAGUUUUGUAAUAAAAAGGGCACAGGCAGGCGCAGAUACACGUAUGAUGUGUGCAUGUGGAAACUUGUCGGGAGUGGGGUGGGGUCGACGU